CUGGAGCCGCGGAGGAGAGAGACGCAGUGAUGUCGCCGGCGGAUUAAGCGGGGUGGAGGUGAUGUCAGCGUGCCUGCAGCAGCAAAACACACACACACGCACACUCACACCCCCCGGGAGGAGCGGGGCUGCCAAAGGGAGCGCGAUCGCUCCCCACGUCACUCCUGCCGCCGGUAUAAAUGCGGCCCCGCUGUGCCCAUGGCUGUCGGCGCGGCGGCUCCCGCGGCUUCCCAGCAGCCGGGAGGCAGCGGCGGCCGAGGAGGAGGAGGAUGCUGCGAGCCUUGGUGGCGGUGUCCCUGUGGCUGCGCGUGAGCCCGCGGGCGCAGGGCGCGCCGUGCGAGGCCGUGCGCAUCCCCAUGUGCCGCUCCAUGCCUUGGAACAUCACCCGCAUGCCCAACCACCUCCACCACAGCACCCAGGAGAACGCCGUCCUCGCCAUCGAGCAGUACGAGGAGCUGGUGGGCACCGGCUGCAGCCCGGUCCUCCCCUUUUUCCUUUGCGCCAUGUACGCCCCCAUUUGCACCCUGGAGUUCCUCUACGACCCCAUCAAGCCCUGCCGCUCCGUCUGCCAGCGCGCCCGCGACGGCUGCGAGCCCAUCAUGCGGCGCUACAACCACAGCUGGCCCGACAGCCUCUCCUGCGACGACCUCCCCGUCUACGACCGCGGAGUCUGCAUCUCCCCCGAGGCCAUCGUCACCGACCUGCCGGAGGAUGUGAAGUGGACAGACUUCACACAGGGCAUGCUGGUGCCGGAGAGACCCCUGGAGCCCAGCUGCAGGAGCCGUGGGCAGGAGCGAUGCAGGUGCAAAAAGACAAAGCCUACGCUGUCAACCUACCUGGCCAAGAACUACAGCUAUAUAAUUCAUGCUAAAGUAAAAAGCGUAGAAAGAGGGAACUGCAAUGAGAUAACAACCACUGUUGAAGUCAAAGACAUACUUAAGUCUUCGACACCAAUUCCUCUGUCUCAAGUGCCUCUUCUUACAAAUUCCUCCUGCCAGUGUCCACCUCUUCAACCAAAGCAGGAUGUUCUCAUCAUGUGCUAUGAAUGGCGCUCAAGGUUGAUGCUUCUUGAUGGAUGUCUGGUUGAAAAAUGGAAGGAUCAACUAAACAAGAGAUUCAAGAGAUGGGAACAGAGACUACAAGAACAAAAACUGCAGACGGCCCGCAGUAAGAACCAGAAUGCAGGGCGCAGUGGUCGGAGUGGAGCCCCAAAACCAUCAACCAAGAACAACAACCCACUGCUCAGUGGCCCCAAAAAGACCGUUAAAACAAAAAAUGGCCAGAAAGACAUCAAUCCUAAAAAUGUAUGAGUGUGAAAUAUCCAAAAGGAAAGACUUUUCCUACAUGAUGAGGGUCACAAUCUGGCUUGAUCAGCAUGGUUUAUUAAUACAGAACUCAUCGACUUUAAAAACUCAAUUUCUACAUAGACAUUUUUGCUGCACUUUACUUCUAAAAGGUUUGCUUUUCCUUUCAAGCCACUGCAAGCCAUAGAGUGUAGGCUUGCACUAAUAUGUGGUAGGCACAUUCAAGCUGACUGAACUUUCUCUUAGGGCUGUGGUUUGCAAUUAUAGACAGAUCUAGCUUUGGCUCUCAAAGGUUUUGAGUCCUUCUGCAGGUUGCCUGCCCUGCUUCACUGCCAGAGGUUGGAGAGCUGCAUGGUGCAUCUCUUCUUUCAUUAGAAAGUGCACUGGUUUAGUAGUUGGUGAGUUUGAGUUACUCCGUGAGUUGGUCUGGUGAGCUCAGAUCUAUGGGAGAUAAGGAGAAGGAUGGUACCUCUGGCAGAUAUCCAGAGCAGCAACCACUGCAGCUGCUGGAGCUGAAUCUAUCUGCUAUUUGGAAUCACAGCUUUUGUUCAGAGCAUUCAGCAGCAUAGUUUACCAAUAACCAUCUGGGUAUGCAUUAUGUGAUUAUUUUUAUGGAUGUGCCAGAAAUAUGCUCACACUGUUAGUAUUUGAUCUUGUGGGUUUGUGUAGCAAAAAUGCCUUGAAAGCAGACAGUUUAUUUUUUAUUUUUUUUAUUGUACUUCAGGCUGGCUUCUGUUGUUAUAAUUUCAAAUGUAUUUAAGCAUCUAACUGAAAAAUCAGUAUUUUUUAAAAGGACCGAUUCAAUUGAAGCAGAUCUGUAGAGUUCUAAAAAGUUUGCUGUAAUAUAGCUUUGUUAUGAGAACUGGAAUAAAAACAGCCUUCUAAAUGUAACUGACAGCUACUGUACAGUAUUAAAGAGACGAUAGGGCCUCAUGAGGUUCAGUGUUCAUUUGGAUAAUUUUUUUAUUAUUUGACACUGUAUUUCUAAAUCUUUCUCCGAUACCAAAUAAAUAAAUAAAUAAAUAAAUAAGGCUUAUCCCUAAUUCCUGAACUUCUCAAAAGUAUUAUUUUCAGUUCUGCUGAUCACAAGGUAAUAUUUACCCUGCAAAGCAUCACAGACAAAGCAGAUGCUUUUAUUUACGUACUAAGUUUCACUGACAGCAUUUGCUGUGUGAGGUAUUAAAAUAGCUCAAGUGAUAUAAAUCUAAUUAGAAUAAUUCUUACUUGGCAUGUAUAAUAUUCUUUCCCAAGCCCCUAGAUAAGGAAGUAUGACUAGAACAGUCUCAUUUCUGUUAACACCUGAAGAGUUCACAUGCAUUAAAGUUGUAAGAGCUCAUGAUGGUCACCUUAAAAAACUUCAAGAAUUCCUGCAGCAAAACUAAUCACUAAACUCGGCACUUCUGGUAUCUAUAAAUCAAAAUGAGCCGUUCCAAAUUACAAAGCAUCUACAUCAGCAAAAUAAGAAAAAGAAUUCUGUAUAAGUUAACAUACAGAGUUAAAACUGAUCGUAUCAAAAUAUUGAUCUAUAUUAUUACAAGAGUAGCAAUGAAAUAUGCAGGCAUGAAAACGAAGGCAGAAUAUGCUGAGUGAUUUUGAUAGCAGCAGUAAUAUACUUGAUAAUAUGCUAAUGCAAGCUGAAGACAGAGAUGCUGAGUUAGAAAGCUUAAAACAAAAGGACAGAGAUGUUACAGAAAAAUGUAAUGAUCAUGUAUAAAGUAAUUCAGGGGGAGAAGAAGCAACCCCACAGGAUCAUUUUGGUUGAAUCUUGAGCAGCUGCUUAAAAUAUGCAAAGGUCAGAAUUUGAAUGUAGCCCUUCCUGCUAAUUCUGGGCAGAUGCAGAACUUCAUUUCCAUGGAACACUUGCAGAAUUAGAUCCAAUAUUUAAUCCAGGUGCCUGGAUGGCUGACUGUAUAUUGCAUCUGUUGAACUUAGUGGGAAUCAUGUGUGUUCGACAUGCACGAAAAACAGACCACAAAUUUAGGUGCCUAAAUAUUGUAGGUGAAAUCUUAAUCUUGUAUAAUGAUGUGGAAACAAUGAAAUUGAAAUCAGAGGAGACAGAAUUUCACUGCAGGUGACUAAAUUAGGAGAGUUUGAAAAUGCUGACUUAAGUAAGCACAACUUAAAAGAUCAAUAUGGUUGGAAAGCUUCUAAAAUAGUUUUAUUUACUGUGUAGCAGGUUUUAAGCCUUGUUUACCUCUUGAUCCUAAUUUGAAGUACACCAAUAAAUAUGUAUAAUGUUAGCUACUAAAAAUGAACAACAGUCCUAUCAAUGGGAUGUUGAAAUAACAAGUACCAAAGUUGUGAUAUUUCACUUUAAGAAGUUUUGUUGUGAACAUCACCGAGAGUGGUGUUUGUUAAAUGAAACCUUUGGAACAGCUAGCUAGACUUUGUAGCAACAUUGUAUAUUCUUUUACAACUGUUAAAAUAAAACUUUUUGCAUUUUUUGAUAUCAGAGAAAAAAUGGAAAAAAUAAUUAUUUCCUAUAGAGAAUUGUCACCAUUCCUUUUGUAAGUUACGAUCAUUGGACUGAGAAUUCCAAUGUGUUGGAAUAAAC